UCUCUCUCUCUCUCCCUUGGUGUCUCUGUCCUUUUUAGCUCUCAAAAACCUUGAUGUUCUUAGCUGAAAAUGGUGUCCAAGGGCAAACAAGUCGCCGGCAAGGACUCGUCGACGAAGAGAAAGCACGACUACGACAGUGACAAAACCGGCCGCCGGAAGAGGAAGAACCCCGGCGUUCUUCAGUUCUUCGAGGACGCUGCAGACGAAUUCGACGAAAAUGAGUCGAGCGACGAUGAUCUCGAUGAUUUUCUGGAAGAUGAAUCCGACACAGAGGUUAAAGUCAAAAAAGAACCUGGAAAAGUCCAUAAUGUUCCAUUUUUGCCGAAAGAAGAGGAGAUGAGUGAGGAAGAACUGGAAAAAUAUUUGGAAGAGCGUUACAGACCAGGUUCCAGUUUUGUUACGUAUGCAGAAGAUGGAUACGAGUCUAAAAGAUCAGUUGAAAGAAAUGCAUUUAUUCCUUCUGCUAAGGAUCCAACUGUUUGGAAAGUCAAAUGCAUGGUUGGACGCGAGAGGCAUUCAGUUUUCUGCCUCAUGCAGAAAUUUGUUGACUUGCAAUCCCUAGGAAGUAAACUGCAGAUAGUCUCUGCAUUUUCACUUGAGCAUGUGAAAGGUUUUAUUUAUAUUGAAGCUGACAAACAAUGGGAUGUUAAUGAGGCGUGUAAAGGACUUUGUAGUGUAUAUUCCACUCGAGUGUCACCUGUCCCGAAGAAUGAAGUCUCUCAUUUACUCUCUGUUCGAAGCAAAUACAACGAAGUUUCUGCAGGCACAUGGGCUCGCGUGAAGAAUGGGAAAUACAAGGGGGAUCUAGCACAGGUUAUGGCUGUGAAUCAUGCACGGAAAAAAGCUACAGUAAAGCUGAUCCCAAGAGUUGAUCUACAAUUAAUGGCUGAAAAAUUUGCUGGAGGAGUUACUCCGAAGAAGACUGUUACCCCGGCACCGAGAUUGAUCAGCUCUAGUGAACUCGAGGAAUUCCGGCCUCUCAUUCAAUAUAGACGUGACCGUGAUACUGGAGAAAUGUUAGAGGCUCUUGAUGGGUUGAUGUUUAAGGAUGGUUUUAUAUACAAAAAAGUAUCCAUCGACUCAUUAAGCUUUUGGGCUGUGACUCCUUCUGAAGAUGAACUUCUAAAGUUUAUGUCUUCUACGAAAGAAGAAUCUGGUGAUCUCGAAUGGCUUUCCCAGCUUUAUGGUGAUCAAAAGAAAAAACCCACACUCACACCCACAACAAAGGGUGACAAAGGGGGUGGGAAAGGAGAGAAAGGAGAGUGUUCAUCGAGCUCUGGCACGGGAAGUAGUUUUGAAGUGCAUGAUCUAGUGUUUUUUGGUCGGAAGAAUUGCGGGGUUAUAAUCGGCACAGAGAAAGAUGAUAGUUUUAAGAUUUUAAAAGAGGGUUCGGAAGGACCAUUAGUGGUGACUGUUGAACAGCGUGAGUUAAAGAACAUGUCUUUUGAUAAGAAAUUAGCUGCAUUAGAUCAGCGCAAGAAGACUGUAUUCAUUAAUGACACUGUCAAGGUUUUGGAAGGUCCAUUAGAGGGUAGGCAAGGAAUUGUUAAGCAAAUUUAUAGAGGGACCAUCUUUCUGUAUGAUGAAAAUGAGCUUGAAAAUAGUGGCUAUUUUUGCUUGAAAUCUCAUAUGUGUGAGAAAAUUAAACGUUCUGAUGACAAAUGCAGUGGGAAGGGUGGUGAAUCAGAGCCCCUGGGUUUUGAAGACUUUCCGUCAUCUCCUAAAUCGCCGCUGUCGCCUAAAAAACCUUGGGAAGCAAGGGAAAAUAACAGCAAUUUUAACCGAGAGGAUAAAGAUGGAAUGUUCUCUGUUGGUCAAGCAUUGAGAAUCAAAGUUGGCCCCCUUAAAGGGUACAUUUGCCGUGUUCUGGCCGUGCGUCGUUCUGAUGUGACAGUAAAACUUGAUUCUCAGCAGAAGGUUCUUACAGUUAAAUGUGAGCAUCUUUCUGAGGUUCGUGCAAAGAGUUCUGCAAUUCCUAUGGGCGACGAUCCGGAGUCUGUAAAACCAUUCGAUCUUCUUGGAACUCAAGACUGCUCCAGAGAUUGGAUGGAUGGAGCAGCAACAUCAGCAGAUGGCGGAAGGUGGACUGGUGGUGGGCUUUCUACAGAAAGGAGCUCUUGGCCUUCUUUCCCUGCCUCAAGCUUCUCGCUUCAGCCAGAAUCCAACUCUGCAAAUCCUCUUGAUUCUGUGGAUAAUGAUGGCAAAAAAGAUGUGGGAGAUGCUUCUUGGGAGAGUCAAGUGGCUCCAAGUCAGGGUUCAUCUUGGGGUACGGCAGUUGCUGAUGAGAAAGCUGUUGUGGACACUCAAGUUGGUGGCUGGAAAAAAGCUGAAGGAAGUUGGAAGAAAGAUACUGCUGAUAUUGGCAUCGUCGGUGGUGCAUCUGACAGCUGGGGUAGACCAAAGGUAUCCAGCGGAGAUCAAGCAGGCCCUUCAAAAGAUGCUGGAGACAUCUGGGGUAAAGCAAAACUCAAUAGUGGAACUCCGGAUAAUUCAUCAAACGAUGCUACUACUGCAUGGGGGAAGAACAAUUGGGCAGGUAAUAAUCAGAAAGAUGGCUGGCAAAAACCGGAGGAGAAAACCUUAGAAAAAGAAAACAAUGUUACUGGAAACACAAUGAGCAGCUGGAAUAAUGCAUCUACUGGGAAGAACCAACUGGAUGCAUGGGGCAAAGGAAAGGAUGGUGGAAGUAGUGGAUCCACCUGGUGCAAAGCUGUUGGGUCCCAAGAUAAAGGAACUGGUGACGGUGUUCAAGAAGAUUCUUGGGGUAAAGCUGCACCAAAGUGGGGUUCUAAAGAUGGUUCUGGUGGGAGCAAGGCAGUUUGGAAUAGUUCCACAUCUGCACCGGAGAAUCAAGAUCAGAAAGAAAGUUGGAACAAACCGAAGGCCUUUGGUGCGGAUGGGGGGUCUUCCUGGACUAAACAGGAUGGUGGAUUUUCUUCAAAUAAACAAGAUUCAUGGAACAAGCAGGAGGGAGGUUCUUGGAAUAAACAAGGCGGUGGAUCCUCAUGGAACAGUGAAACUGGAGGAUCUUCUUGGGGUAAACAAAAUGAUGUUAAUGCAGAUGAGAAUUCGAUGGGAAGAACAUUUGAUGGUGGCCGCAGUUCUGGUGGUAGAAGGGGAAGAGGAGGUGGCCGAGGUGGUGGUGGUCAAUUUGGCAGAGGAAGAAUGUUUGGUGAAGGUGAAUCUUCUGCUUGGGGUAACAAAGGUCAAGAAAAUAAUGAGACAAGUUAUGGGACAGCUGCAGAGAAUCAACCUAGUUGGAAUAGUGGACAAGUCGGUUGGAGCAAAGCCAAAGCCUUUGAUGGGGGCAGUGGAGGCAGUAGUAAUGUAUCCAAACCAAUUGAUGGCAGCUGGAACACAGGCAACAAUGUAAAGGAGGAUCAGGGUACUGACUGGAAAAACAGAACUGGCUCUGGUGAAGACAGCUGGAAUGCGUCCAAACCAUCGAGUGAGCCUGCUGAACAUGGAGGUGGUUGGAACAAACGAAAAGCUCCUGAGGGGGAUGGUUGGAACAACUUCAAACCUUCAGAUGGAGGUUCAGCAGCAGGAUGGGGUCAAAGCAGCAAGUGGAAUAGUAAAGGAAAUGAUGCAGGUGGUGAUCAGGAUCGUGGCUGGGGAAACAAGGGCAACUGGAACUCUGGAAAUGCUUUUGGUGGGAGUGGAACUAGCAGUGAUGCAGGCGGAAACCAGGACAGCUGGGGCAGCAAAAGCAAUUGGAACUCGGAAAAUGCUAGUGGUGGGAGUGAAAACCAAACUGAUACUUUUGAUAAUAGAGGAAGGGGUGGGAAUUGGAGGGGGGGAGGUAGGGGUGGUAGAUUUGGUGGUAGAGGUGGCUCUGAUAGAGGUGGAUUUGCAGGUAGAGGUGGAUUUACAGGUAGAGGUGGUUUUGCAAGUAAAGCAAACGAUGCAGGUGGUGAUCAGGAUUGUGGCUGGGGAAACAAGAGCAACUGGAACUCUGGAAAUGCUUUUGGUGGGAGUGGAACUAGUAGUGAUGCAGGCGGAAACCAGGAUAGCUGGGGCAACAAAAGCAAAUGGAACUCAGAAAAUGCUAGUGGUGGGAGUGAAAACCAAACCGAUACUUAUGAUAAUAGAGGAAGAGGUGGGAAUUGGAGGGGAGGUAGAGGUGGUAGAUUUGGUGGUAGAGGUGGUUCGGACACUGGCGGAUUUGCAGAUAGAGGCAGUUCAGAGAGGGGGGGAGGAUUUGGAGGAAGGGGUGGAUCCUAUAGGGGAGGCUUUCGAGGUCGUGAUGGGGGUGAUUUUGGAGGUAGAGGCCGUGGAAGGAGGGGCCAAAGUAGUGACUGGAAUAACAGAAACGGUUCUGGCGAGGAUAAGUCCUAUGGCUGGAAUGAAGGGUCGAACAAUAAUUCCGAGGGCUGGAAAAGUAGUGGUGGCAGUUGGAACCAAGGCGGGGUUGACAAGAACAAUAAUGCUCAGAGUUGGAAGAGUAAUGAUGGUGGAGGCGGUUUGAACCAAGGUGGUGGUAACAAGGGCCAAUGGCAGAGUUGGAGCAAAGGAACUGGCUCUAAAGAUGCUGGUGGAAGUGAUGACUUCAACAAAGGGUUGAACGGUAGUGGUGGGGGUUGGAAAAGUAAAGAUGAUGGAGGCAGUUGGAACCAAGGUGGCGGUGCUUCUGGGUCUUGGAAUCAGUCGAAUGCUGCAGAUGGGGGCCAAUCGUCUGGUUCUGGUUGGAAUCAAUCAAAAGAUGCAAAAGGAACAACUGAAGGUGGAGGAGCAACUAACACGUGGAGUAAAGCAUCAGGAAGCUCUUGGGGCAACAAGGAAAGUGGUUCAGGAAAUGGUGGUGCUGCUGGGUCUUGGAAUCAGUCGAAUGCUGCAGAUGGGGGCCAAUCGUCUGGUUCUGGUUGGAAUCAAUCAAAAGAUGCAAAAGUAGCUACUGAAGGUGGAGGAGCAACCAACUCGUGGAGUAAAGUAGCCGGAAGCUCUUGGGGCAACAAGGAAAGCGGUCCAGGAAAUGGCGGUGCUGCUGGGUCUUGGAAUCAGUCGAAAGCUGCAGAUGGGGGCCAAUCGGCUGGUUCUGGUUGGAAUCAAUCGAAAGAUGCAAAAGGAGCUACUGAAGGCGGAGGAGCAACUGACUCGUGGAGUAAAGAAGCAGGAAGCUCUUGGGGCAACAAGGGAAAUGGUGGCAGUGGCAGCAAAGGAGGGUGGUGAAAACUCUGGAAGGAAUUUGGUUCCUCUUUACCAUGAUGUGAUGUAGAUACUGGUUUUGUCUUUUGCUUUUGCACAGAUAGGUUGUCCAAAUACAACCUCUUUUCGGACAACCUCUUUUCCUUCAUGCUCUAUAUGUUGGUAUUUUUGUGGCACUCGUUUUAAACAGUACACCAUGUGCAGGAAAUAGGAACAUGUUCUGAUCUCUUCGCUAUGAACAGGGAAGAGACCAUGCUGUCCUCAAACUUGUUCCGUUGAAGGUUUCGGUGACUUUAAUGUUUAUUGCUCCAGUAAUUUUAUAUGCA